ACAGUCAUGUAGUCGCAUGGUGCUGAUGUGAGAAACUCCGAUUUUACGCGGUUUGCACGAGCUGUACGGAGCCACGCCGGGUGGAAAUGAUUUUCGCCGACGACGUGGGAGACGUUUAACCUUCACGUUCACCAGAGCUUCGGUGCAUUCAUAUUUUAAAACAUGCUCGAAUGUUUGUGGAGAUAGCGGAAUCGCUGUGUUGCAAGCGGGAAUGAGCUCGUAGAGGGAGGAGCGCUUCGCUCGGCUCGCCGUGCAGGGAGAUGAUGAUGAUGGUGGUGGCAGAGGGAUCUGGAGGAUGCGGCAGACGCGAAUUUCACCGUUUCCUGAAAGGUUGAUGGCAACUGGUGGAUGUUAAAGCGAAGGGCGCCGAGGUUCAAUCAGCUGAAAUCGGAAUAUGCGUGUGGCGAACGCCGUAAUGAGCGUCCAGCGAAAUGCAUUGAGUUCCAAGUCAAACUAGGUGGAAAAUGUCAGAGCGGAAAAGGCCGACAGUCGUGGACCAGAGAGGUCAAGGUGUGUGAUGAAUCUAGACAGGGAUUCAUUCAUUCAUGAUUUCUCUAUGCAGUUAGAGGAAUUAGAGGAUGCAUAUGCAUUUUAAAAUACAUGGACAUGUUUAAUGUGCAUUUAAAUGGCACUAAGUAUUAGUAGUGCACCUCAAACCUGAAUUAAAAAAAAUAUCAAAGCAAUUUCUAAUUUGACUUAGACUUCAUAGAACACCGAUCAAUAUGAUGUGUGAAGUGAUGCCAACCAUAAAUGAGGGGGACUCGGUGAGUUCCCAGAGAGGCUCUCAGAACGGCACGGAUGCCGAGUCUAAUUUUGAACAGCUGAUGGUGAAUAUGUUGGAUGAGAGAGAUAAGCUGCUGGAGUCUUUACGGGAGACACAGGAGACCCUCAUCCAGUCGCAGACCAAACUCCAGGAUGUGCUUCACGAGAGAGAUGUGCUUCAGAGGCAGCUUAAUUCCGCGCUACCGCAGGAGUUUGCUACCCUGACUAAGGAGCUGAAUUUGUGUCGAGAGCAGCUUCUAGAAAAAGAGGAGGAGAUAUCUGAGCUUAAAGCAGAGAGGAAUAAUACCAGGCUUCUUUUGGAGCACUUAGAGUGUCUGGUGUCACGUCACGAGCGUUCGCUGAGGAUGACUGUGGUGAAGAGGCAGGCUCCUCCACCGUCCGGGGUUUCCAGUGAGGUGGAGGUGCUCAAGGCUCUGAAAUCCCUCUUUGAGCAUCAUAAAGCUCUGGAUGAAAAAGUGCGUGAAAGGUUACGGGUGGCUCUUGAAAGGGUGACUACAUUAGAAGGACAGCUGGCAGCCGCCACUCAGGAGGUGGUCAUGUCGAGACAGAGAAAGGAUGGACAAGCAGAUGGGGAUUCUGUGGACAGAAUGGACAGCUCUAAACCUACAUGGAAGAGGCUUCCCAAUGGUUCCAUCGAUGUCCAUGACGACACCAGCAGGUGUCUGGAGCUGCAGGAACUGUUGGAUAAGGCCAAUAAGGAGCUGGCCCAAAACAGAGAGCGGGUCAGCGGCCUGACCAAUCGCAUGUCUGAGCUAGAGACUGAACUGGCUACGGCCCGCAAAGACCUAUUGAAGAACGAGGAGCUGAGCACCAAACACCAGAGGGACAUACGCGAGGCGAUGGCACAGAAGGAGGACAUGGAGGAGCGAAUCACAACGUUAGAAAAGCGUUACCUGGCCGCUCAGAGAGAAACCACCUCAAUCCAUGACCUGAACGACAAGCUAGAGAACGAGCUGGCCAACAAGGAUUCACUUUACCGACAGAGCGAGGAGAAGGUACGACACCUUCAGGAAUUGCUGGAGUUGGCGGAACAACGGCUACAGCAGACCAUGAGGAAGGCGGAGACUCUACCCGAGGUGGAGGCUGAACUGGCCCAGAGAGUGGCCGCCCUCACCAAGGCGGAGGAGCGUCAUGGAAACAUUGAGGAGCGUUUGCGUCAACUGGAGGCCCAACUAGAAGAGAAGAACCAAGAGCUGGGCAGGGCUCGGCAGAGGGAGAAGAUGAACGAGGAGCAUAACAAACGUCUGUCUGACACUGUGGACCGUCUCCUCACCGAGUCCAAUGAACGGCUUCAGCUGCACCUGAAGGAGCGCAUGGCUGCGCUGGAGGACAAGAAUGCACUCAUCCAUGACCUGGAGAAUUCCCAAAAACAACUGGAAGAGUUCCAUCACAACAAGGAGAGGCUUAUUAGUGAGAUUGAGAAGUUACGGGCUGAACUCGAUCAUCUGAAGCGCAGGAGCGGGGCAUUUGGAGACGGAACACAUCCUAGGUCUCAUGUUGGCAGUGCCACAGACCUGCGCUUCUCAGUGGUGGAAGGUCAGGGGGAUCACUACUCCUCCACAGGGGUCAUACGACGGGCUCAGAAAGGUCGACUGGUGGCACUCAGGGAUGAACCCACGAAGAUCCUGCCGAUGGUGGAGCAGGAUUGGGAUCGCUCUCAGCCUUCCAGCUUGCGGGCCAGCCGUACUCACCUGAUGGGAAGCGACACUGAGCUGUCUGACCUGGACGAUGAAGACCGCGAGACCAUAUUCAGCUCAGCCGAUAUGCUGUCCCCCAGCGGGCACUCAGACGCCCAGACGCUUGCCCUCAUGCUACAAGAACAGCUAGAUGCCAUCAAUGAAGAGAUCAGAAUGAUCCAGGUAGAGAGGGAAUCAGCGGAGCUCCGGGCAGAUGAGAUUGAGAGUCGGGUGAACAGCGGCAGCAUGGAUGGCCUCAACGUGACACUGCGACCACGCUCCUCCAUCCCCACCUCCGUCACCGCCCUCUCUCUGGCCAGUUCAUCGCCUCCUGUUAGUGGCCGAUCCACACCCAAACUGACAUCCGGUUCAGCGGCCCACAAAUUGGGCAUCAUGACCCUGCCUAGUGAUUUAAGGAAACAUCGCAGGCGAGUGGCUUCCCCUGUGGAGGCCCGAGAGGACAAGACCACCAUCAAGUGUGAGACGUCGCCCCCUUCCUCCCCCCGCAGUCUCAGACUAGACCAAAUGAACUUCGCUCAGCUAACAGGAAGCCUUGAGGAUGGCCGAGGGGGCAACAAAAAGAAGGGCAUAAAGUCCUCUAUUGGCCGUCUCUUUGGCAAGAAGGAAAAAGCACGUUUAGAUCAGCCUUUGAGCAAGGACGGCCAGGUGACGCCACCUGUCAUUCCAGAUUUCGAGAUGGUCAUUGGAGAUACCAUGACCUUGAGCAAACUGGGCACACAAGCAGAGCGAGACCGCAGGAUGAAGAAAAAACAUGAACUGCUGGAGGAUGCUAGGAGGAAAGGGCUUCCUUUUGCUCAGUGGGACGGCCCAACUGUGGUCUCCUGGCUCGAGCUGUGGGUGGGCAUGCCAGCUUGGUACGUGGCGGCGUGUCGUGCCAACGUGAAGAGCGGCGCCAUCAUGUCAGCACUAUCAGACACGGAGAUUCAGCGAGAGAUCGGCAUCAGUAACCCACUGCAUCGGUUGAAGCUGAGGCUAGCCAUUCAAGAAAUGGUGUCACUGACGAGUCCGUCAGCUCCUCUCACCUCACACACUUCUUCCGGAAAUGUGUGGGUGACUCACGAGGAGAUGGAAAACAUGGCAACCUCGACCAAAAUGGAGAAUGACGAAGGAAGCUGGGCUCAGACACUAGCAUAUGGUGACAUGAACCAUGAGUGGAUUGGGAACGAGUGGCUGCCCAGUCUCGGCCUGCCUCAGUACCGCAGCUACUUCAUGGAGUGCUUAGUGGAUGCUCGUAUGCUGGACCACCUAACUAAGAAAGACCUGCGGACACAUCUCAAGAUGGUGGACAGCUUCCACCGGGCUAGUUUGCAUUAUGGCAUCAUGUGCUUAAAAAGGCUGAACUAUGACAGGAAGGAGCUGGAGCGAAGAAGAGAGGAUUUUCAACAUGACAUCAAAGAUACCCUGGUGUGGACCAAUGAUCACGUGAUGCAGUGGGUUCUGAAUAUCGGUCUGAAAGAGUACAGUAAUAACCUGCUGGAAAGCGGUGUACAUGGAGCUCUCAUUGCCCUGGAUGAGACGUUUGACUUCAGCAGCUUGGCCCUCAUUCUACAGAUCCCCAUGCAGAACACUCAGGCCAGGCAGAUUCUGGAGAGGGAAUUUAAUAACCUCUUAGCAUUGGGAACGGAUCGACGCCUGGAAGAGAGUGACGACAAGUCAUUCCGAAGGUCUCCAUCGUGGCGUAAGCGCUUCAGGCCGAGGGAUGGCCAGGGCCUGGGUAUGAUGCCAGGGUCCUUAGAGACUCUUCCCGCUGGCUUCCACCUGAACACCAUGUCCAUUCCCCCCUCUAUGGCUGUACCCAAGAAACAGCUGCAACCAGAAGCAGCCGGUCCCCCGGCCCCGCAGAGACUAGACCCCUCAGCUGUCAGGACUUACUCCUGCUAACUUGCUUUUACUAAUCACUGCACUCACACUAACAGUGCAUUCCCACUACCUGUAUGGACAUAUGCUUGCGACCUAUCGAGAAUGAAAUGUGCCAAAAUCUGGGGACACCUUGAAAGGAUGAGGGAAGGGUUAACCUUCCCCCUUCCCCCUUCCCCCUUCCCCUGUCCUGAACAACAACAGAGCUUUCUUGGACACCGUGCAAUAGAGGGGGACAGAAAGAUGAAUUCUGAACUCUGAGCGCGUGGAACGCAUAGCAGCCGUUAAGGAGAAAUCUCAUCAUAUCAAUCGUUUCCCAGUAAUCCCGGUUAUAUAGUCUUUGUGGUGGUCGUACUUAACUGGUGUACUUGGCCCUGUAGUCUGUCAGUGCUAGUCUGCUCCUUUGGGUGUGCCAUUGGCAUUUUACUGUAUAAGGCUUUCUCCCCUUUGGUUAUGCAAGAUAUUAAUCAACUUCUCUGUAUAUAUGAAAAACAGAAAAUUAUGCUAUUAUGUUUUUUAUGGAAAUAUAUAUCAGACUUGUAUAUGGAGAUGAAUAUAUCAUGAAUUUUAAAGUCUCAGUUGUGACUGUUUCCUGUCGGUUAGACAGCUCCGUCUGCUAGAAUGGUGUUGUAGUCGAUGUCUUACACCAGUGAAGACAGGAGAAAUGUGUGUUUGUGUUCACAUCAGCAGUGCUUAUCUACAUAAUACACUUCCAGGACUUUAAGAUCGUAUAAAGCCAUGAUGCUAAAUACUGUCGAGCAUCAGGGAAAGCAAUAGACUUCAGUUCACUUAGCAUCAGGAGAAAAAAGAUUUCCAGCAUGUACUGUAGGACCUGCGAAUAAACAUGUGUUCCCU